AUGCCCCUUCCCCCGCCGCCGCUCUUCCUUGCACCAGGUCCUCCCCCGGUAGACCCCCUCCCCCCUCAGGGACCUGCCCCGUCAGGUGUGUCCCAAGUAGACGCAGUCGAGCCUGUCAAGGUAGCUAUUGACUCUGCUGCUGCUAGAGGUGCUGAGCGUGCGGGUGCCGAGUAUGGGGGUGCUGAGCCUGGGGGUGCUCCGCCUGGAGGUGCUGAGUCUGGGGGUGCUGACCGUGCUGCUGGAGCUGGAGGUACUACUCUUGCUCCUGGUCCCGGAGGUGCUCGUACUGGAGGUGCUGGAGCUGCUGGGCCUGGGGGUGCUGCUGGGGCUGCUGGAGUUGGUCCUGCUAGAGCUGCUGGCGGUACUAGAGCUGCCGGUCCUCCUGGAGUUGGUGCUGCUGGAGCUGCUGGAGCUGGAACUGCUUGGGGUGUUGACGCUAGUGGUUCUGCUGGCACUGGUGCGUCUGAGGGUGCUGGAGUUGGCACUAUUGGAGCUGGAGGUGCUGCUGGCGCUGGUGCUGCCGCUGGGGGUACUGGUGCUGUCCCUGCUGGUUCUGGAGGCGCUGCGCGACCGCGGCCGUACUUCGUUCCGCUCCUUGAGCAGGUUCUUGGUCUCCCGCCUUCUACUGGUCCUGCUCCUCCCUUAGAGUGUCCACAGCCUGUCCAAUCGCAGUCACAGUUACAGCCCGCCUCCCCUCUACCUGCUCCUUCUCCCUACACUGGUCCUACUGGAGGUCUUGCUAAGCGUCGUGAGCCUGCGUCUCGUCCUGCGUCGCCUGUUCGUGCUACUCGCACUAGUCGUCGUGCUCCGCGUCCUCUUGCGGUCCCAGGCACACACCAGAUGGCACUGCGUCCUUCCACAGCUCCUCUGCGUGUCCCGUUGCCGUCCCCUCCAAAGUUCUCUCUUCCUGUGCUUGCUGACCCGGAGUCUGACUCUGUUCGUGCUGCCAGUCCUACUAUCACGCAUCUCCUGGCCACUGUUGUCACUGACCCUUCCUUUGAGUCCACUGCUACGUCUGCCUUAGUGGCUGAGCUUGUCGACUUCGCUGCUCGCUGUCGUCUAGACUACGCCACUAGUCUUGUUGCUGAGUCCGAGUCUGUCUGUCCUCCGUCCGUCGGGGGUGGGUGUGCUCUUAGCACGGACGUCCUUGAGGACAGGCAGGAGGAGUUCCAGUGUUUUGCUGCUGCUUUGCCUCAUCUUGUGUCCACGCCGAUCGCCCCUGAGGGAGACCCGGAUGCACCAGACAUCCCGACUCCUCGAUCGUACGCUGAGGCGAUCGAGGGUCCCUACUCCUCUCACUGGCAGUCAGCCAUGGAUGCAGAGAUGACUUCCUGGAAGUCCACAGGCACCUACGUCAACGAGGUUCCCCCACCUGGGGCGAACAUCGUCAGUGGCAUGUGGAUUUUCAGGGUGAAGCGGCCGCCGGGUUCUCCGCCUGUCUUCAAGGCGCGUUACUGGAGCCUCCGGCGGCCGGUCUACGGUCUCCGCCAGGCACCACGUGAGUGGCACGACACACUGAGGACUACUCUUGCGGCACUUGGGCUUGCUCCUUCUACUGCUGACCCGUCGUUGUUUCUACGCACCAACACUUCGCUGCCACCGUUCUACAUCCUCGUGUACGUCAACGACUUGGUCUUUGCCACUGCUGACACUGAGGCUCUCGCCCACGUGAAGUCGGAGCUGCAGAAGAGACACACGUGCACAGACCUGGGUGAACUGCGCAGCUACCUUGGCUUGCAGAUCACCCGAGACAGAGCACGCCGCACCAUUACCCUGACUCAGUCACACAUGGUGCAGCAGGUCCUUCAGCGCUUCAAGUUCACGUACUCCUCGCCUCGGGCCACUCCUCUGUCUACUCGCCACUCGCUCUCAGCUCUGCCUUCGGAUGAGUCCGUAGAGCCGAGUGGCCCGUACCCAGAGCUUGUUGGCUGCCUCAUGUACCUGAUGACCUGCACACGACCUGACCUUGCAUACCCUCUUAGCAUCUUGGCACGCUAUGUUGCUCCUGGGAGACACCGACCAGAGCACAUGGCUGCAGCGAAGAGGGUGUUGCGCUACGUGUGCAGUACGCCGGGCAUGGGGCUAGUGCUUGGAGGGCGACGUCAAGUGGUCCUCACAGGUCACGCAGACGCUUCUUGGGCUGACGACCAGCCGAUACAGCGGUCGUUACAGGGUUACACCUUCAGCCUUGGCUCCGGCUCUGGUUUGUGGCGGUCUACCCGCUCGUCUUCUGUUCUCACCUCCAGCUGUGAGGCUGAGAUCUACGCGGGGGCCAUGGCUGCACAGGAGCUACGUUGGCUCACCUAUCUGCUGACUGACCUAGGAGAGCCGCCUCGUUCUCCUCCAGUUCUGUGUGUAGACUACAAGGCCAUGCCGGCCUUGUGUCGGGAGCACAGACUGGAGCACAGAACGAAGCACAUUGCUCUUCGCUACUUCCUCGCUUGUGAGUUGAAGCAGCGUGGUCAGCUCUGGCUCUCCUACGUGGCCUCCGAGGCCAACACUGCUGAUAUCUUUACCAAGGCCCUUCCGCCUUGUGAUCAUCAGCGCUUCUGUGCUAUGCUAGGUCUUGUGCCUACUUGGCCUCACUUGCUCACUUCUUGA